AUGGAGUGUGGCGAGGUAUGCCAGGUCGAAAUCAUGAAUGCGGCGACCAUGCUUCCUCCAGUGUUUAGCUGCGUUGCAGCGUGCUGGUCUGUGGGACACAAGGCAUGGUGGAGAUCACCUGCAGCUAUCGCCAUGCUCGCAGGAUGGUUCCUGAUGAUUCCAGCAAGCACUGCUAGCCAUCUCUAUUGCGCUUUCAACGGCGAGUACUUGCCAAAGCUCGAGCGGCUGGACCAAGCAUGCAUCUCUAUAGCUUCUGUUUUGGCUGCGUGGGCAUUGUCGCGGUCCAAUCUCUUCACAACACUCGUGGCCUCGAUUUGCCUAUGCUUCGUUCUGCUGAUGUUCGCGGGCCCGGAGGACCUUCAUCAGCAUGUGGCGUGGAGAACACAGACCCUUUCAGGCAUUGUGCUUCUGUACCUGAGCCCCAUGGUUUGGAACCGUCAGAGCUUCGACUUCAGCAUCCCUCCGAUUUGCAUGUGUUUCGUCUUUGGCUUCCUGAUGGCAGUGUGGGCUCCACUGGGACCUCGCAGCCAUCCUCUUUUCCAUGUGGCCCUGAUCCCUUACAGCUACUACACGUGUCGCUCGGCGGUCUUGUUCGAGAUGUCUCAUGAAGCGAUGCGCGAUUUCCUCGUCACCGGGAAAAGAGAGGACACCGACACCGAUGAGAGCACCACUCUCCAAACCGCAACUUCUGAGGGAGGAGAUGCCGACUGGGAGCUGUUUGAGAUGGAGAAGCCCUGA